AUUCGAUUCUACUCUUCCUUUUCAAUCUUUCGUUCUUCUUCUUCUUCUUCUUCUUCUUCUUCUUGUUCUUCUGCUGCUGCUCAUUGUUCCAAAUUUCAAAGCAAUGCUGCGAUCGUCGCUCCCUGCUUCAUUGAUCACCACAAUGACAACCACAGCGAUGAUGAUCAUGAUGGUGAUGAUGGUGGUGCUCGUGUCUGGCUCCAAUUCCGUCAGCACCACCACCACCACGAGAUCACCCUCGUCCAUCCCAUCCUCUGCUUCCACGGCCGUUUCGUUCCAAGUGCACUCCUUCAAUGACCUCCGUGAAUGGCCGCAGACACUCCGCAAGAUUGCCUCGAACGGCGGCGGGCCGGGGCAGCACGACCUCUGGCUCAAGGUCGACCCCCACUACAUGCCAGAGAUCUUCUGUCUGCUGCAGAAGCGUGUCUCGCACCCGUCCGAGGGCUGCCUGGUGCUCAACCACGACGAGCCCGUCGACUGGCGCCCAGCGCCAUACAACACCACCGCCGACAUUCUCACGCUGCUCGCAGACCCCGCCAUCGCCCAGUUCAUGCUGCCCCCGCACCGUUUGUUCAUCGCGCUGUGCUUCAAGGUCGACAUCGGAUCGCCGUGCGAUAAAACCGAGUAUGCAAAGAAAUUCCUCGCCCUCGUCGACGGGUUUUUUGCAGACGCAACAGCGUUCAUGCAGAAAAACCCGCAAUUCCAGCUCGAGUUUGUCUUGGACGGCGCCGGCACGCCGAACGCUGCGCGCACUUGCUUGGCAGAACGCUGGCGCCCGUGGAAUGCGACUUGGAUUGUCGGGUCGGAUCCUCAAGACGCCGCAACCAGCAACAAUGCCACCGAGGGUUACGACCGCUUCCUCAUCAACAACAUGUCCGGCAGCUCCCCCGAAGACGCCAACAUGCUCAAAAUGCAGAGCAUUGCGUAUGGAAAGUUUGCCAACGGCACCUACCCUUACUUGUUCUGGGAGCCGUCCGAUCAGGCGGACAUCCACGAGGUUGUCGCAGCCUACCUUGCCGGCCCUCCGAACGAGCUCGGCCUGCGAUUCGCCAUUAAUAUCGAUCCCGUCCAGCUGGAAGUCUAUGCAGGUGCACUGACAGGCAACGCAUGGAACAGCUUCCUGAAUCUGACUGGCACGGCUCCGUUUGUCGUUGCGCUGGACGCGCUGGUUGGAGCACCCGGAACGCUUGCGCUCGUCGUCUACACCGAUACGGCAACAUCCAAGGCCUUUGUCCAGCCGCUUGUGCUCAGCGGUCCUCUCGGAACCGCGUCGCUUUUCGGCCAGCCCAUCCCCUUGGCAACCAACGCGAGCUCCUUGCCCUUCUCCAGCGUUUCGGCGACAGUUGUCGCAAAGGCAGGCUACCUGCUGGUCUCUGAUGCCCAGUCCAACACGGACGUGUUCCAAGUCGCCGUGUCUGGCGGCCAGGUUGUGCUGACAUCCGUUUGGUCGGGACAAGUCACGCCAUUCACCACAUCCCCGCUUGCUACCGCCCUCGCGUUCGUGCAAAAUGCCCCAGAAAGCAGCAUUUGGCUUGCGCAGGCGAGCAGCCAGGCCAGUGCCUCUUCCUGCGCCGUUGAGGUGUCCUUGAUCGGCUUUGCGCCAAGCUCGCCUUCUCAAGCGGAAAUUCUCGUCGCGCAGACAUCUUGCGCCGUUCCCUACCUCUUUUCCGGCGAGUCUGUCGUGCAUCUCUCUGUGGAUGCGCUGGAGGUGGAUCCUGCCAACGCCACGUUCGGAUUUUGCGAGUCAGGCACUGUGCUGCUCGUCAGUGCCACGACCAACAAGGCCACCACGCAUGUUGGCAUUGCAUGCUUCCAAACUCACCCAGAUGGCAGCACCACCUUUGUGGCGGUCGACCACGUUGCGGAUGUCGGCACCCAAACGUCCGUCUCGCUGCGCCUCGCCCAAACUGCGUCGGGUGAAACCACGAUUGCAUUUGCAGCUGUCGCGGCCAACUCGUACUGCUGGAACAAUGAAAAGGACAACAAGCGUGGCACGCCCGCGUUGUGUGAUUCCACGCCGAGCAGCACAACCGGAGUUCUGUCCUACACGAUUGGUUCACUCGACAGCCUUGUGCUGUUUGCGCACCUGGCUGCGGCCGAUGCUUCGAUUUCGUCGUGUUCACCCUACGGCGACCUCAAGCAUGGCAUGUACGACAUGGGAUACGCCCCAUCCGCUUCGCUGUUUGUGUCGUCGUCCUCCCGUGCGCUCGGCAUUCUCGAGUUGCAUACAGGAUUGAAUGGAGACGAGUCUGAUUCUGGCAACUGUGGCCUUGCUCUUCCUCACAAGGGCCAACUAGUUCUUGAUGGGUUUAAUUUGCGAUGGGAAUGAUUGUUUCGUCCCACUCGAUUGCACGUAUUGUUACUUUGGCGCUCUUUGUAAUUCGAGUACUAGUAUGUAUUCAAAGAACCCGACGACACGUCACAACAUGAACAGAUCGAGCAAAUUGCCAUGAAUGAAAUACGUCGAAAAUCGAAAAAGGAGAGAUUGAUGAAGCAGAGAGUCACCUCACGUCACACAAGAAACAAAAAACAAAAU